GCGGGCGGCGGGCGGGGGAAGAUGGCGGAGCUCGGUAAGAAGUACUGCGUGUACUGCCUGGCCGAGGUGAGCCCGCUGCGCUUCCGCUGCACCGAGUGCCAGGACAUCGAGCUGUGCCCCGAGUGCUUCUCCGCCGGCGCCGAGAUCGGCCACCACCGCCGCUACCACGGCUACCAGCUGGUGGACGGCGGGCGCUUCACGCUGUGGGGGCCCGAGGCCGAGGGCGGCUGGACCAGCCGCGAGGAGCAGCUGCUGCUGGAUGCCAUCGAGCAGUUCGGCUUCGGAAACUGGGAAGACAUGGCCGCCCACGUGGGAGCCUCCCGCACCCCCCGGGAGGUGAUGGAGCAUUACGUAAGCAUGUACAUCCACGGAAACCUGGGGAGAGCCUGCAUCCCCGACACCAUCCCCAACCGGGUGACGGACCACACGUGCCCCGGCGGAGGGCCCCUGUCUCCCAGCCUCACCACCCCCUUGCCUCCCCUAGACAUCUCGGCGGCCGAGCAGCAGCAGCUGGGCUACAUGCCGCUGCGCGACGACUACGAGGUCGAGUACGACCAGGACGCCGAGGCGCUCGUCAGCGGGCUCUCGGUCAACUACGACGACGAGGACGUGGAGAUCGAGCUGAAGCGCGCGCACGUCGACAUGUACGUCCGCAAGCUCCGGGAGCGCCAGCGGCGCAAGAACAUCGCGCGCGACUACAACCUGGUGCCCGCCUUCCUGGGCAAGGACAGGAAGGACCGCGAGAGGCCGGCCAAGCGCAAGAUCCCCAAGGAGGAGAAGGAGCUGCGGCUGAAGCUGCGGCCGCUCUACCAGUUCAUGUCCUGCAAGGAGGCCGACGACCUGUUCGAGAGCAUGCACAAGGAGAAGGCGCUGCGCGCCAAGAUCCGCGAGCUGCAGCGCUACCGGCGCAACGGCAUCACCAGGCUGGAGGAGUCGGCCGAGUACGAGGCGGCGCGCCACAAGCGCGAGAAGCGCAAGGAGAACCGGAGCGCGGCGGGCGCCCGGCGGGGCAGGGAGGACGGCCGCGACGGCGAGUUCGCCGCCAUCGAGAACCUGCCGGGCUUCGAGCUGCUGUCGGACCGCGAGAAGCUGCUCUGCAGCAACCUGAGCCUGAGCCCCGCGCGCUACCUGACCGUGAAGACCAUCAUCAUCAAGGACCACCUCCAGAAGCGACAGGGGAUUCCCUCCAAGAGCCGCCUCCCGAGCUACUUGGACAAAGUCCUCAAGAAAAGGAUUUUAAACUUCCUCACGGAGUGCGGCUGGAUCUCCAGGGACGCCUCCUGAAGUGGCGGGCGGAGGGGGGGCGGCGCGCAGCUCUGGGAGCCGGGUGGGGGCUGGGGGAGGGGGUGCAGGUGCGUCCCCCCCUCCCCCCAUAGUCACUGUUUUUUAAACGAAUUGGGUUCCUUUCUUUUAGGCUAUAAAUUCUCGUCACGGUCCUCCGGAAGAAGCAAUAGUAACGAUUUUCUGUCGGGCCACAGGGGACACCGACACAGGCCUGUGUAACCUAGUCCUGAGGUGGUACCUCUGGCCUUUAUGUUCAGUUUGGGGAAUGUUAUGAGAUGGGUCAUUUCCUUUUGCGUCUUCCCUUUGGUACGCGAUUCGUGCUGCGGGUAAAAGGGGCGACUUGCCGCCGGGCUGCCAGCUCUGCCCGGUGACAUGACCUCUGGCUGGCUGCUGGGGACUCCCUUGGCGGGGGAGGGGGGGGGUGCCCACGCAGACACCUCAGCACAGCCCCGGCACGCGCACUUUAGGUGGGGGCCGGUGGGGCCGGUGGGGCCCGGGGCUGGAGAAGCACGGGGACGUUUCCGCACGAGCUUUAGAGGAAGAAUCUGGGGUUCACAGGGUCCACACGAGCUUCCCCUCAACUGCCGGCAACGUGGGGUUCCGGCGAGGUUCCCAAGCCGGACACCGGCCCCUUGCCUCAUUGCCGCCCACCCCGGGCAGGCACAGGACCCCCGGACAGGCUCCCGUGUGCACGCAGGGCUGCGGGGGCGCUCGGGCGUGGGUGCCAGGCUCUGGGCGGCUGCCACUUGCUGCCCAGCUGCCCGCGGCGCCUCUUACUUGGAAGAGCUCCUUCCGGAAAGUUGAAGGCUCCGAGUUCCGGAGGCUGCAGUCUCCAGGAUUUUCAUCGCAGUCACAAUUCCCUUUUUUGCUGAAACUGACCUUGACUGUGCCAGCCUGGCUGAGCGUCUACUUCAGGUGGCGGCCGGCGCUCCGCAUGCCAGCCAGGCCGGCCUGCACUCCUGCAGCGGGGUCUGGCAGAGCAGGGAGCCUGCGGGCAGGGCCCAGCCUUGACCACUCGUUCGCUCGCUCGCUCAGCUUCGGCCGAGGGCCCGCAUUUGUAGAUGCACACGGUACCUUCCUUCUGGAACUGGAGUCCUCUGUCUUCCUGCUGCUCAGGGUUGGCUCUCAUGUCCUAAGAGCCUGCUUGCGAGUCCGCGUGACUGCAGACCCCAGCACCCAUUCUUCCCGGAGCUCAUCCUGCAUCUCCCGCCCCCAUAGCUACCCAGAGACUUCAACCUUCCAGAGUGUUUGGGCUUGAAGUUACAUUAAACUGAAGUUAUUUGAAAGACAAGAGAAAAAAGACCCUCAUCUUUUCCAAGGACUUAAUUACGGUGCCUUUUCCUUUCUUUUUACAUUUUCCUGUCCUCCAGGAUAAAUUUUUCAGCAUUAAAUAAAACGUUUCAAACACA